UUGAAGCUUUUUUGUUUUUAUUUACUUAUUCAUAUACUUUAAGUAUUGUAACCUUACUGUUAUUAUUGUUUGUUAUUCGUUUUCAUACUGGUUGUUUUAACCUGUUUUGUUAAAAAUAAAACCUGUUUAAAAAAAUGUGUCAUUGUAGUGUCGGGAACGCGCUGCUAGCAUCAUCGACCGCAAAAAAAGGUCUUUUAAGUUGUUACAUACCUACAAGAGACCCACACGGGGCUGUCGAUACAGAAUGUAAAUCUGUCUAUAAAGAGAUAGAGGGAGAUAGCGAAAACAAUGCGAACUGACACCAACAAUUCACCAUCAGCCUGCUUGAGCACAACCGCUAUCACGUGACUUGACGAUCGCGAGCGCGCAUACGCGCUCCUGUCUUGGAGCGCAACAGCUGCUGAGUGAGUGAGAUUUACAAACAGACAAGUGGGUUCCGCGGGAGGGGGGGUUUCAAAAAAGUCUAUUUAUUUAUAAAAUUGUAUAGAAGUUUAAGUUAAGAAUAACUAGCGACGACCUUGCACUAUGGCGAAUUGGUGCUGGUUGCCAGUAGUGUCAUAUUCUUCUGGAUUCCAGUGGCAUCAGGCAUAAAUUCCUUUUGUUCUUGAGGGACAGCAUGAGAAGGCAUCAAUUUGUUUGGCUCUUACAUCAGUUUUCAGUCAUUAAAUUCAAGUAGCAUCUUUGUUUCAAAAGGAAUUGAACAACUUUAAUAUGUUUAAGUUUAGAAGAAAAGUAAACGGAAACCUGUUGCACGAUUAGGACUUUGGUGAACCCUAACCUGAUGCUCUGUGGUUUCUCAACUAAAUAGCAGUUGGCUUUGAUUUGGGUGUUUGUGCUUAAGAAACCAUGCCUACCCACCCUUUAUUAGCCUAUGUAGAAAGCCCUGAUGGGCUUGGUCAAGACUCUUUGUCGAGCACAAGUGCUAACAUGCCAGGAUCUGGCUCCAGUAUGACCUUACAUAUGAAUGUUCAUGAGAAGAGUCUGCCUGAGGUGGAAGGCUGCAUGCCUUUGGAUUGUAUGUUUUGUGAAAAAACCUUCAAACAUCAGGAGGAGCUAGGCAGUCAUGUACUAACGCAACACCGUACAACACUUUGUGAACCUGCUGUCCUGCGAGUGGAGGCAGAGUUACUGAGUGCAAGAGAGAAUGGUAACUUAGAAGUCAAGCCAUCAGUACAUGAUGAUAAAGAUGAGUUCAGCUGUGAGGUGUGUGCCAUGGUCCUAGAGGAUGCUGCAGAACUGGACGCUCACAUGAGAAAGCACAAAGACUCCUUCACAUACAGCUGCAAUGUGUGUGGCAGACGCUUUAAAGAGCCCUGGUUCCUGAAAAACCACAUGAGGACACACUCUGGUAAACCUGGAUCUCGUAACAAGCCUCAACCAGAUGUGGAGCUUCCUGCAUUUAUCAACAAUGUCAUUCAGGACUCCAUCAUAUCAAGUGUGAGUUCUCCCUAUAAAAUGUGCAUGGUUUGUGGGUUUCUGUUUUCCAGUAAGGAGAUUUUAAUGGAACAUAGCAAGGUACACACUAGGGAAUUGGAGCCAAAUGAAGAGGAUGACCGGGCUGUUGAAGAGCAGCUUAUCACAGGGCAGCCGUUCUCACAGGAGUCCUUUCUUCAUUUCCUUAAUUUGCGUCCCCAUACUUCAGAAGUACAACACAGAGAAGGAAAAUCUGCCAAAUGGAUUGUGCAGCUUGACCCAUUUAAUACAUACCAAGCCUGGCAGCUUGCAACCAAAGGCAAGGUUGCUGUAGGGCCAGGGCAAUCCAAAGAGCCUGGUCAGGAAGUUUACACUGACAAUGAAGAUUCCUCCUCUGAUAAAGAAGAACUGAGCGAAAUUUGGUCUGCCGAAAAAAGUUACAAACCAAUUAAGGAGGGCUUUUCAGGUGUAGGUAGAGUUAAGCAUACUAGCGGAGAUGCACUUUCCCCUGAGCUUGAUGGAAAGCUGUUGCAUGGCAAGGACAAGCCAACUCAAUGCAGUGAAUGUGGAAAGAUGUUUAGAACCUAUCACCAACUUGUGCUGCAUUCCAGGAUACACAGGAAGGAGCGGGGUGGUGCUGAGAGCCCAACUGCCUCAAUUGAUGGCAAACCUCUGAGCAUUAGCUGUGUGGAAAGUGGAAUGGACAGAGCUGAGGAGGGUUCAGAAGAUGGUUCAGAAGAAGGCAACCAUGGUGAAGCAUUUAAUUCAGAUAAAAGUGAAGAUGGCUCUGAAAAAGGGAAAGGCAAAAACUUUGGUUCUUCACGAGAAUGCAGUUACUGCGGAAAAACUUUCCGUUCAAACUAUUACCUCAACAUUCAUCUCAGGACACACACAGGUGAAAAACCUUAUAAAUGUGAAUUUUGCGAUUAUGCUGCGGCUCAGAAGACAUCCCUUCGAUACCACUUAGAGCGACAUCACAAGGACAAGCAGUUGGAUAAUGAACUGACUUCUAAGCCUUUGUUACUAUCAGAGGGUCCUCCACCAUCUUUAGAUAAAUCUCAUCUAGAACUGGCAUGCACAAAAAGCAGUACAAAGAUUCUUGAUAUUAACCAUAAUACGAAACAAGCCAAGCAGAUAUGGAUUCCUUCCAAUAAGGUUUUUGAUAAAGCUCCUCACAGCAGUCUGGCAAAUGUUGCAGAUGCCAAAAAAACAUCUACUGUUAGUCCUUCCUCCUGUGUUCAAUGGAGUCCACAAGUAAAAGAACAAAGGUCAAAUUCUUUCCUUGUGCCAAGUGAUGCUACUGUAGAACAUUCCAGCCAAAAUACUGGGGAUUCUACACCAUUAAAAUGCAAAAAUGAAGAACCCAUAUGCUCAGAACAACAUCCAGAGACUCCGUUAAACCUGUCGUUGAAAGUUUCACUUAAUCUUUCCUCUACCUCAAUUCCCAAGAGUGCUUUACCUGUGAGUACAUGCUUAUCUUGCACUUUUAAAACCUUCCAUCCAGAGGUUCUCCUAAUGCACCAGAAACUGAUGCAUAAAGCCAAACUUGAAAGUAUCAACAGGAACAAACUAAGGGCUACUGGUGGGGCAGUCAGACAAAAAAGAUUUACUGGCUGCCCACCUGCCUUGGAAGGAAAAGAUGUGUCACCAUUGCCUUCCAUUUAUAGAAGCUAUCCCCGCAGGACCAAGUCUCCUCCUUGCCAGCAGCCAAAGGUGCAGAGCAAACCAAAUCUACCUCAUUUGUCUCAGACUACUGUACAUUUGCCUGAAAGAGAGACUAAGAAAAUGAGAGUCAACUCUUCCUCAAGUAUACGCCCUCCUCGGGCAGAUGUAAAAAGAAGUCCUUCUCAGCAUUCUCGAGAUGGUGAAUCUCAAGGGAAAAGGGAGAACUACCUCCCUGUUAGAUCAAAUUUCUCAGAUUGUGAAGGACGUGGUCAGUGGCCUCAAAGUGCUAAAAAUGGAGUUACCUGGAAAAGUGACUAUCUGAGGGCUGGUCCCUCUAGUGUUCUUGGGAAUUCUGCAUGUGUGGAUUUUGGAGAGCCAUCAAAUAAAAGAUUCAAGAGUUCUGGACUGGUAAAUCCUCCACAAACCUCCUCUGAACUUAAAAACUCCAGAAUUGGGGAUAACUAUGGCAGAUUGGUAGUAUCUGGGAGGAACAUGCAAGUAUCUCCUCAUGAGAGUUUACCUUCAAAAAGGGCUACAUCUGGUUCUCCACUGAAGACAUCCUUAGCAUCUUCUAACGUGAGUGAUCAAGACUGGAAUGUUCUAAGUAUUCUCAGGUCCUACAGUCCUAGUGACCUAGCAUCUUUAUACAGUUCAAAUUCUGCCAGCACAAGCCAAGUCUCCACAGCAGGAGUAGAAGGGAACAGACCUUUACAGUAUUUGCACUAUUCAAGCAGUGUCCUACAGAAGAGGAGCAACCCAGGCUCCGUGAAUAACACCUAUUGUGCACCAGCAGACAAAAAAACGGUUUGAAUUCUGUGAAGGUUAGCUGCAGACAUAAUUAUCUUCACACAAAAUAUGGAAAGAAAACUUGAAGCUGCUGCAAUAAGCUGUAUGAUAAAGACUGGAAACACUACUGUUCUAGUGUUGCUUAUGUGAAAAGCUGUGAUACGCAUGAUGCUUCACAAUUAAAAUGUUUAAAGGCAGUUUACAUAAGGAAUGGUGUUGGUUUAAGGGAAAGCCAUAUGUGUUGACUCUCAUUCAACGAAAAUAGUGAUAUUGUCAAAGCACAUGUACAAGUUCCACUGGAAAUUUUUAAAAUCAUUUAUAAAGAAAUACGGAAACAAUCCUGAGUUAAUGCUGUUUAACUGGCUGUGAAAAAGAUAGUGGAUGGGUUGUGUUUACUUCAAAAAUUAACUUUAGGGAACACAGCUUGCAAGGAUUUAGGAAUGUAUUUAAAAUUAUGCCAGGUAGGACAAUUUAUUAACUUUAUGCUAUCAAGGAGUGGAAUCUUACACAGUCACAUUCUAAUCAUUUGAGUAUUACCAAACAUUUCAGUUUAAAAGCACUCUGACUUGUCACCAUUGUGCUAAAUUCAAGAUUUUUUUUUGGCAAAAUAAGACACAUGCCUUACAGGGAUUGAAGUUAAAAAUCUCUGCAGUUAAAAUAGGACCUUCUUAAAGAGCACUGAGUUUUUUCAGGUAGCUGUCAGCACUAUGUAAUGUUUCAGUUUGUUAGAGGCAUUACAGUCAUCUUAAUGAGAAGAGAUGUGUUCUGUUUCGUUUGUCACUGUUUCUUUGUUCUGUAAUAUUUAUGGAGUAGUUGGUAGAUUUUAUGAAUUUGUUCCACUAUCCAUGUGUCAUAUAUAUUAUUUUUGUCACAGUAGAUUUCCAUGAUUUGACACAGCUGAAAUGUGAGUGCAGUUGCCUUACAUGUUAUAGAUACACUUGAUUUUUGCUGAACCUUUUUUUUUUUUUUUUUUUUUGAAAUCUGCUCAAGCAAUUGUGUCUUUUUGUUGCUGAGCUUUCUUUACUGUAAAGGUAUUAUUUAUAAAAGGACAAUUGAGUUGUAAGGAGCAUUUUUGUUGAUUAUCAAGGAGCUGGCAGUAUCAGUUUGCUAAUUUGACUUUCAUCAAUAUGAAGAUAACUUACCAGUCUUACCAGCAAAUUUUUUCUAGGCUCCAAAAAACAACAGUAUAUUUGUAAAUAAAUUGAAUAAAAGUGCACUCUGUAAUAUUUGCCAGUCCAAGUGUUCCCUCUUUAAUAUGUGUGAGGCUUCCUGAAUGAGGAUUCUUUGAAUGGGCACCAUUUUAAAAAGUGGGAGUAACAUUUGUCACCCCUCUAGUAGGGCCUUGCUGCUGUUUUGAGCCAUAUUUACAUAAUCAGUACUUUUGGGUGUGCUUUUUUUAUAAUAAAUUUGCACUUUCUUUGAAUUCAGUUUUGAUACAGAAAUGAGAAAAGGAUUGGUAUUUUGAUGUUUAUAAAAUAUUCUGCGCUCUCCCAUUUUUCAUUGAUGAUGUGAAUUGUGGUCUUAGUAGUGUUGUGCUAGGUCAUGUUUUGCACAUACCAUGCUUCUGAAUUGACGUGAAGAUCACAAGCAUGGUAGAGUGCCAGAUACUUUGUUCUGGAAAGCUGCUUAUUUGCAAUAUUUCCAUAAAAGCUACAUUUUCUAUUCUCUCACUUUGUAUACUUUUUUGUUGUUGUUGUAAGAGAUAUUAUUACCAAGGAUGUAUGUGUUCUGGAUUUUUCUUCAUAAUUUGAUUAUUUUAUUAAUGUAUUGAAAUGCUGCAAGUAGUGUCAUUAUUACAAAAAAUGCAGUUUGGAAUAAAUAAAGAAUCCUAAUGUAUUGAAAUACAA